CUCCAACUGUGCGGCCGGACCUUCAAGGUGAUCAGCUGCGCCAGUCCCCUGCGUGACGGGGAGCGCUAUCGCAGCCGCCUCAUCUGCCCAGCAGGCCGGAGUCGGUCCGGCCCGGGACCGAAGCGUCCGCCGAAGCUGAGAGGUGCUGCUGGGGAGGAGUGCAAUCGAGUGGAGGCUGAGGAGCGGCCGGAAGAGGAACAGGAGGAAGAGGGAGAGGAGAACGAGGAGGAUGAAGAAGAGGAGGAAGAGGAGCCGGAGAAGAGUGAGGUGGCGGCUGCGGAGGAGGAGAAAGAGGAGGACGAGGGUGCGGCUGAGUCGGCCCCGGCGCUGGUCAAGAGGCCGACCGGAAAGCGGCUGUGGCCACGGGCCGCCGGGCAGAUGCGCCGCCUUCUCCCAAAGCAGGCCUCGCUCACGCCCCACUCUCCGGCCGGCCGAUCAGCGAGGGUGUUGCCGCAAUUGCAGCACCAACAGCACCACCACCAUCACCAACAACAACAGCAGAAGCAGCAACGGUGCCGGCGCCGGCGGCCGUUCAACUGUUCAAUGACGUCGGGCGGUCGAAUCGUGGCGGCGACAGCAGCGACGGCGUUGGCCGAAUCGUUUGGACGUUCAGUCUUCUUUAAGCCUGGCGAGGCCGGUCUCGAUGCGUCCAGGUCGUGGCGUCGUCGUCGACGACUCGACCGUCGCCGCGGACACCUCGUCUGGACAACAGAGGCGCGUCGAGGCAUGUCGUCGCCACGGCCGACAGACAACAACGUCGAGUCAGGUCAGUGGCCCACAGAUUUUGGCGUCAUCUUGACGCUUUCAGGGCGCCUCAAUUUGAUCGCUGGCCGUGGCUCCGUGUAG